UUGCCGUGCUGCCAACGCUACUGUGUGUGCUGCUUGGAGCAUACAACAAACAACAACGUUCAACGUCAACUCUCUCUCGCUCUUGCUGUGCCUGUGUUUACGAUAUGAAGCAUAGACACCAGUCUUAUUUUGAAUGUGAUUGAGGACAGACGUUAUUUCCUUUGACGCGCACAUUCAUCUCGACGAAAUCAAAGUAGUACGAACAUCUUGAACACAAAAGAGAGAUAGAGAGAAAGAAAAAAAAAAGAUCCGAAUUAUUCGUUACGUGUACACCAAUUGGUGUUUCGGCCUUCGUGUGUUUAUCCGUGUGUAUUUUCACCGUGCGCGUUCGCAUGCAAACAAAUACAAAACGAGCAGCGAAUCACCGAAGAAACAUAAACAGAAAAAAAAAAUAAAUCCGUAUAAAGAGAAAAUAUAUAAUCAUCUUUAAAAAAAAAAGUAUCAUCAUUUUGCAUUUCGCUGGUUUCGGAGCACGCACACCAAAAUCGAAAAGAAUCGUUCAUUUGUUCGAAUCUCCUCGAAAAUAAAAGAGGCAACAUCACCUUCACCAAUGAUCGAAAAUAAUUUUGAAUUUGACUUUUGUUUACAACACAGAGACACAGAGACACAGAUACUGUUCAGUGCUUUAUUCAAUAUUUUGUUCCGUGUUCACAGUUAUAUUUUGUUAUUGUUGUGACUACUGUCACUAUUCAUAUUCGAUCCGACAAAAAUCCCUACCAACUGAUAAGACGAAGGACAAAAAAACAGAAUUUAUUCACAAACAAUUAACAACAACAACAUUUAAAAGUCAUAUUGCAAAUUAUUAUUGCCUACUUUCUUGUGUCAAUCAGAUUUUGGUAUUUUUCACUCGCUCAUCUGUUUGUGGUUAUAAUCAUAUAGUUAUUUGCUAACGAUUCGAUCCGUAAUUUGUGUAUUUCCAGACGCACACGAUAACCGGACAGAAAUAAAAACAGAAAGAACAGUCGUCAGUGAGUUGAGUUGUCUAUGUAAAUGUUGUUUAUGAACAGAAAAGAGAGAGAGAGAGAGAAAAAAGAACCAAACUGGAAAAAACAAAACACACAAACCGUUUGCAAACUGAACAAAAGUGACAGAGAAUAAUAAGAAGAAGAAAAUUGCGACCAUUUCAUAUACGAACAGAGUAUAAGUAUGUAUGUAUAAAAAUAAACAGCGCGACAAAUAUCAACGAAACAACUUGCUGCUGCCGUUGCCGCCACCGCUUACGUUUGGGUUUUUUUUUCGUGGUCAUUCCAGUGUUGAUCGCAUGUUGUGCUCGUUUCGUUUCAUUCGUUCCGUAUUCGACAGACUGACAAGAUAUUACAGUCCGAACACAAAUUAGCAAACACCAGUGAGCGUCAAAAUAGUGUAUACGCACAACUACAACUAUUUAUCACCGCAACAACACCACAGCGCGAAUAAAUUAUGUAAUUUUUAAUUGUAUUGCCAAAACUGUAAACUGUGUGUACGAUUGUACGAGCCCGAAUACGAAUGCAGAAAAAUUACUAUAUUAUAAAGAAAUAGUGAAAUUGUACGUGUUUGUGUAUAAGUGUUGAGCAGCAAUUUAUCGAAUCGGUUUUGCUGUUUUGUUUCUCUUUUUUUUUCUUCGAUAUACCCAAAGUGAAAGAUCUGAACGAAACAUGACUGACUGACUGAAUAUUUUAAACAUUGAUUUCGACAUAAAACUUGAAAAAAAUCAUCAAACUCUGGGCGUCUCUCGUACGUGUAAUAUUAAAUCUCGUACAUCACAUUCUUUUUGUGCCGAUCGACGAGCAUUUCCUACUAAUUCGUUUAGUUCGUUGAUGUUUUUCAUGUUUUAUUUCUCCACUCCGUACGCGUGAACCGGUAGAACUCUUGAUUUAAUACGCUUACGACACCACCGAAUAAAAAAGAUCAAUCAAAUAAAUAACAAUCAGAUGUGAAUAAAGAAAAAGUCUAAAGAAUCGUUGGUCGAGCAAUUGAGACACUAAACGAAUCGAACUAAAGAAUUUCAAACAAAAAAAUAACAAGCGAAGAAGAAGAAAAAACGAGUUUUAUGUCGAUAUUGCGUGUUGAUUCAGAUCAUCCAGUGGUGACCAUCAAAAUACACACAAAAAGAAAUGUGUUGAAUAUCAUCGCAAAAUAUUGAAGCAAUUGACUCGUUACUGUACCGAACUUAUCAUUCAGAGGCGACAAACCGAUUCAUACAGACUAAGUACUAAAAUUGUCCAAUUUCUACUAACAAUAAUCUAGCGCGUCAUUUGUCACGACACACUCGCAUCAAUUUCGCCAAAGUGUUUGUAUCUGUGUGUAUAUCAGGCAGCGUAGCUAGUCACGGCUAUUUGCUAUUUCAUUAUUGCAAACCACAAUUGUAUGUUAAUUAAUCGUCUUGCACAAACAAUUACUGGACUUGCCCGAGUGUGUUCGAGCAACAACAACAGUCGAUCUAUUUCAAUCAAUUUAUACAACCGAUUUAUCAGUGAAUGAAUAUUUGAAUUCGAUCCGUGUUUUUGAAAUUUUUUGCUUUUAUUUUGUGUUUUUCAUUUUCCUUCGCGCAAACGAUAAAUUGUUACUGCACUAAAACCGGGUUAAACUGAUUUUGAAGUGAAGUCGAAAAAAUUACGAAGAAUUUUAACUACACAAAGAAUACAGAAUAAUAAAAAUCAGUGAAAUUGACGGAAUUUGUUUUUGGUUUGCUUUUGAAAAUAUAAUCAACGUACAUUUGCUGAUAUUGUGACAUUUUUCCUGCCGUCUGAAUCACAGGGAAUAAAAUUUCAUCGCAUCCGAAUUUAAAUUUCGAAUUUAAUCGGAGUGCGAAUGUAGGAGCAAGACAGAGAGAGGGAGAAAGAUAGAUAGAAGACCGAAUCGGAUUAAUCUGUAGUUUAAAUUGAGGAGUACAACUGAACGGAAUUAUACAGCAGAACAAUUACACACAAAGCAAAACCCAGUCUAGAGUGAUUUGAAAUAAUUGAACUGGACGAGAACGGACUUAAAUCAGAAGACACAAAAAAUUGAUUUAUGAUAUUUCAAGGAAGAAAAUCAACGUGAUUCGUUUUAGUUUUUCGAAGCAUCCAUCCAAAAUUACAUUCGUCAAGUGAAGCAAAUCGAGAAAAGAAAAGUGGAAACGAAGAAAAUGGAGUUGAGACAACAAAGUGGUAUGCCACUUGUGAUUUUAUUCACAUUGUUGGGCAUCUGUGCAUUGGGGAAUGCAUUUGCGAUUCGAGAAGAUGCGUGCAGUGGUAUAAACACAUCGUCGUGUGCCUGUUUCAAUGGUGCUGAAUUCGAAGUGGAGUGCCCCAGAGAUAAUCCAAGUAUUGUGCUACGUGUGGAACUGCAUCGCGUGGAAAUUGAAUGCAAUUACAAUAGCAACCGUAGAAUCUAUACACUUUUACCGGAUCUGAAGCUAUCAAAUCUGAGCGCCGGCGUCAUAGACCAUGUUAAAUUCAAAUAUUGCCCAUUGCCCGAAGGAACGACGAUAAAAGGUGUGAUUGUGGAUAAACUGGGCAUUGAUCGCGUUCAAACGUUGACAUUUUCCAGUCGAUCGGAUAUGCAAAUGCGUCGCGAACAGUUGAGCGGCUUGAGUUCGGUGCGUAAUUUGCGGUUCAACGGGCCAAUUUCCGAUUUGCCCGAAGAUGCAUUCAACGGUGUCAGUAAUAUAACCACAUUGGAACUACGCUCAAACAAUGUUCACCUACCAUCCAAUAUCUUCAAGUAUUUGGGCAAUUUGGAGUAUCUCGAGCUUGGAUCGAAUAAUUUGAGCCAUUUGGCGCCGAAUAUUUUUAGCAGUCAACAGAAUUUGAAGCGAUUAAAUUUAUGGACGAAUAAUUUGAAGAACUUGACAAAAGAAUCAUUUGCUGGCGCUAAAUCGGUGACGGAAUUAGAUUUGAGUAAUAACAACAUUGAAGUGCUGCAAUCGAAUGUGUUUGAAUACUUUGAAAAAUUGGAGAAUAUCAAUCUCAGCAGCAAUCGAUUCAUUGAAUUGCCAGUCGGACUGUUCAGCCGAAAUAAGAGACUCAAUCGCUUUCGUUUAAUGUACAAUCGCAUCGAUUUGAAAAUGUUGCCCAGCGGCCUUUUGGCCGAUUUACCCCAACUCGUAGAAGUGCUGAUUCGCUGUAAUAUUCAAUCGGUGCCGGAAGACCUGUUUAAUGGAUCGUCGAAUAUACAAAAUAUUUCGUUGCAAUCAAACAAACUGACAACGCUUCCCGCCGCCUUGCUCAGCAGCCAAACCAAUUUGAUGGAUUUGGACUUGAGCGACAAUAAAUUAACGGAAUUACCGGACUAUCUGUUCAACGGCACACAGAAAUUGGUUGUCAUUCGUCUGUCGAAUAAUAAUCUACACGAAAUACCAGCGAAACUAUUCUUUGGUUUGCGUAAACUGACUGAACUUUAUCUGGACAACAAUCGAUUGCACACCAUCCAUCGGGACGCAUUCAAGCAUACGAACUUACAAAUAAUAAAUUUGGAAAACAAUCGCCUCGACAUUGUCAAGCAAAUGCCGAAUCCAUUGCAAAAAGAUAUUCCAAUGCAACAAGGAGAUAAGUCAAAUUAUUCACCAUUCGAACACACCGGCAAAUUGAUUCGGUUAAACUUACGCAACAAUUCGAUUAAAGAGUUCUCCAACGAAUGGAGUCUGCACAAUACACAAUUGGAACUGCUCGACUUGAGCCACAAUCAGAUUCAAGCGAUUAAUCUGAUGCAAAUUCUAUCGAUUUGGAAUCAACCGAUUACAGUGAAUUUGACACAUAAUCACAUCAAGGGAAUCUACACCGAUAAAACUGAGUACGCACUCGUUUUGGACGAUUUGAUUGCAACAGCCGAAUCAAUAGUCGAUACACAGCCAAAUCUACUGUGGAAAUGGCUAUUGAAUUACAAUCCAAUCGAUUGCGAUUGUAGUAUAAUGUUGACGGCGAAAUUUUUACGAGAAAAACCAUCGAUUGAACGAUUCUUAAAGCUGAUCACCGAUGAAUUGCGAUGCGCAACACCCGAGAAACUACAGAAUCAACUGGUCAGAAAUGUGAAAUUGGACGAUUUGCUAUGCCCAUUGGAUAGCCCAAAGACCAACAACAAAUACUGCCCAUCGAUGUGCGAAUGUUGGGUACGAACCAGCGACGAUACUGGCAUUUUCAACUGCUCAAACGCUGGUUUAAUUGAAGUGCCAGCAUUGCCACCACUCAAAACGCUGCAAAAAUAUGAAUUGAAUAUCGAAAACAAUCACAUUAUGGCAUUGCCAAAUUAUAGUGAACCGGGAUAUGACAUGGUUACCAAGAUCAAUGCACGCAAUAAUUCCAUCAUGCAUGUGUCACAUGAAAAUUUACCACUGAAUUUAACGACAUUGGAUAUUUCACGGAAUAAACUGCAAACGCUUGAUGGCACAGUUUUGAUGCGUCUCAAUUACACGGGAUCACUUCGAUCAUUGACUUUGACCGGAAAUCCAUGGCAAUGCAAAUGCAAUAGCGAUUUCAUGCGAUAUGUUCGAAUGCAUCCAAAGAAAGUCGAUUACGGGAAUAUCACAUGCAGUGACGGCAGUUAUGUUCGUGAUUUAAGCGAAGUGUGUCCAAUAGAUCGGACCAUUUUAAUAUUGGUGUGCGUUUUGAUUGGAUUGCUUGGACUUUUUAUCGGUGCCGUUAUUGCACUGUACUACAAAUACCAACAAGAGGUGAAAGUUUGGCUAUUCGCACACAAUUUAUGCUUGUGGUUUGUCACCGAAGAGGAACUGGACAAGGACAAGAAGUACGAUGCAUUCAUUUCAUUUUCGCACAAAGACGAAGAUUUUGUUACGGAGCAGUUAGUACCUGAACUAGAGAACGGGUCACAUCCAUUCAAAAUAUGCUUGCACUUCCGCGAUUGGGUCGUCGGAGAGUUCAUUCCAAAUCAGAUAUCCAAAUCUGUAGAAGAUUCACGCCGUACAAUAGUCGUGCUCACACCAAAUUUCAUCGAUUCAAUUUGGGGACGAAUGGAGUUCCGGGCGGCGCACAAAAAUGCCUUAGCCGAAGGACGUGCACGAUUAAUUGUUAUCAUCUAUGGUGAUAUUGGUGAUAUUGAAAAAUUGGAUCCCGAACUGAAAUGCUAUUUGAAAACCAAUACCUAUGUCAAAUGGGGUGACCCAUGGUUUUUCGAUAAACUUCGCUACGCAAUGCCACAUCCAACCAAUUAUAAAUCAAAAGGGCUCAUCAAAUCAACCAUGAAAAGUUCAAUCGAUGACAAAUUGGAGCUGAUAAAACCACAAGCGGUGACACCACCAUUGACAACACCACCAGCCGAACAAGCCGGACACAAUCCAUUGAUUGGCAAAUUAAACGGCGACAAUGCCAAAUACCAUUCGGGUUUGAAUGGGCUCAACGGACACGUAAACGGUGCAUUUAUUAUAAAUACAAACGCUAAGCAAAGUGAUGUCAAAAUGUCUAAAUUGUGUCGUUGGUCCCUUGUGACCCUGUUAUUUGUGAUUAUAACAAACUAUCGUGUGUUUAGUUUUCCGCGUGAGAUGCAAAAUGAAUUGAAUUGCCCAAGUGUGACACAUUGCGAGUGUUCGAUUAGUACGCACUACGAAAUCGCAUGUCCAAAUCGAAUUAAUGCAAAUAUUACGCUACGAGUCGAACCACAACGAUCAACAAAUCGCGUUGAGAUUGAGUGCAAUUCAGACGACACUGAGAUUUUUAAUCAUUUGCCCGAGUGGAACAUUGGCGAAUCAGAGGUGGUAAAAUUCAACGGUUGCCCGACGACGAGGUCAACAGCAGCCAACACAAGCGUUCACAGUGUUUUCCAGCGGCUCGGCAUUCGAAAUGUACACACAUUGAUAUUUUUUGCACGAAGCCCGUCGAGCACAUCAACCAAAGUGCACACAUUGCCAGAGCGAUUGUUUGCAAACAUUGGAAAUGUCACAUCGCUGUAUUUGCGAUCGGAUAAAAUGCGUUUGCCGUCAAAUAUUUUCCAAAGUCUUCACAAUUUGGAAUAUUUACAAAUUAGCUCGACCGAUCUAAGCAAUUCAAUCGACGGCAUUUUUCGUGAUUUAUCCAAAUUGAAGCGAUUGCAAUUGUGGAAUAAUAAUUUGAGAAAUGUAUCAAAAGAAAUGUUUGCUGGCAUUUCAUCAGUCAUCGAUUUGGAGAUAAGUUCCAAUGAUAUCGAUGAGCUGUCAUCGGAUGUGUUUACGUACCUAACGGCUCUAGAGAGCAUUGAUUUGAAUGGCAAUCGAAUAAAUACGUAUCCACGACAAAUUUUCAACAAGAACAAAGCACUAAAGAAGAUUAGAAUGAGCGGUAAUCACUUAAAAUCGAAUGCAUUACCAGCACAGCUGUUUGGACGAUUACCACAGCUCACAGCAGUUUGGAUCAACAAUUGCAAUUUAACCAGUUUACCCGAUGACUUGUUCAUAGAAUCAACGAAUUUACGGAAUAUUUCGUUGGCGUACAACAAUUUGACAAGCAUGCCGAAAACGAUUCUUUGGCAUCAAUCGCAUUUACUCGAUUUGGAUAUGAGUUUCAACCAGUUGCUGGAACUUGACGACAACCUGUUUGACGAAACAAUCCGCUUGACCGUAUUACGUUUGUCGCACAAUCGACUCAGUAACAUAUCAAGUAAUUUACUAUCUGAGCUAAAGGCUCUGCAGGAAUUGUAUUUGGACAACAACGAUUUGCAUACAGUACAUAUGGCGGCGUUCGAUGGCACCAGCAUUCGAGUCUUGCAUCUGCAGAACAAUUACUUGGAAUUUGAAAAUAUCGAUGAGACUGUGUUGUGGGAUGUUGAACGGGCAUCACCAUUUCAAAUGUUGAAACAACUUCAAGUAUUAAAUAUGAGGAACAAUUCGAUGCGUACAUUUUUAAAUGAUUGGCAUAUUUCGAAUGUAGCGCUAAAAAACCUCGAUGUGAGCUACAAUGAAAUCAAAAUGAUUCAUUUUCGGAAUAUUUUCAAUAAUUGGAACGAUAGCAUUGUGAUAAAUCUAUCGAAUAAUCAGAUUAGUACAAUGAGUGCUGAUAAAGAUUUCAUGCCGAAUCGAACACAAUCCCAAGUUGUUUGGAUAUUAAACCACAAUCCAUUGAAUUGUGAUUGUUUAGUCGUUCAUUUUUUAAAUUCGUUGCGAAAUCAAGAACACCGCACGCAUAAUUCACGCACCAAAUUCAUCACAAACCAAUUGGAAUGUGCAUCACCGUUACGUUUUGCCAACCAACGGCCCGAAACAGUACCACUUGUCGAAUUAACAUGUCCGCUUGAUAAGAAGAAUGCCAAUAAAAAACGAUGCCCGGAUAAAUGUUUGUGUUUCGUUCGCACCUUUGAUAGCACGGCCGUGUUCAAUUGUUCGAAUGCUAAUCUAACGAAAGUGCCCACAUUGCCGAGCAUUAAGAGUUUGGGCUUGCAAUUCUAUGAAUUGCACAUCGAAAACAAUAACAUCAGCACACUGGCCACGACCAAUUCAACGGGUUACGAUCAUGUGUAUCGCAUAUUUGCUAAGAACAAUUCCAUCGUGAAUAUCUCAAGCGAAUAUUUGCCGAAUAAUCUAUUCGAAUUGGACUUAUCGGCAAAUAAAUUGAAAAGAUUGGCUCCCGAUGUUUUGUAUAAACUUCAACAUAUGCCGAGUCUGCGAAACGUUUCGUUUGGCCAAAAUCCGUGGAUUUGUGACUGUGCUACAUACGAACUGAUGAACUUUAUCAAAAAUCAUGUGGGCAAAAUUGUGGGCAUCAAUGAAAUCACCUGUGAAAACGAUAAAUCGAUCAGCCUGAUCGAUGCCAGUUCAAAUUUAUGUCCGAUCACGACAACAGCCAUAGUGGUUACCGCAUUCCUUACCAUUUCUGUCUUUUUUGCCAUCAUUUUUCUUUUGUCCACACUUUACUACAAAAAUUAUGAAGAAAUCCUGGUGUGGCUAUUCGCUCACAAUCAAUUCAAAUGGCUGUUUCACGACACAUCCAAAAAUGAUGACCACAAAAAAUACGAUGCACUCAUCUUGUACUCAACAUUUGAUGAGAAAUUUGUUGCCGAAAAUCUGAUGCCACAAUUGGAAAAUGGACCAAAGCCAUUGAAAAUCUGCUUAUUGGUGCGAGAAAUGCAUGGUGGUGACUACAUCCCAGAACAGAUGGCCAAAUGUGUGGACCAAUCACGCCGAACAAUUAUCGUCCUAACACCAAACCUCAUUGAAUACUUCAAGAAAUUUCAACAAACACAACCGAAAGCGGCUUUUUCAGAUUUGGACAUUUGGGCUUUUGGUGGAUUUCGUCUUGCACAUGGAAAUGCGAUGACCGAACAAAUACCACGUGUUAUAAUCAUCAAAAAAGGAGACCUUGGUUGUACCAAAGAUUGCAUAUCCGAUCUGAAGCCAUACUUGAAAUCAAACAUCUACUUGCAAUGGGAUGAAGAACCAAAACAGCCUGAGAAAAAAAUGAAAAUCGAACAACGAUUCUUCAAUAAACUACGAUUAGCCAUCGCAAAUCCAGAUUAUUUCAAAACCAAAGAAAAUCACAAAAAAGUCGAAAAUGUUGAAGAAUUAUAAAAUUGACGACAUUUGACUUAGGUUUAAUUUUGUUUCCAUCCGAAACUGAGAGUACUUAAUUCAUAUUCCGAAUGAUGAGAUUUUUAGAAGCUUGUAUUUUUUUUCUAGGGAACAAAAAUCCAUUAUAUUGUCUUAUAGCAUAGUAGUCAUCAUUCUGCUUCCAUAAUUUGAGCUCCAAAUGACAGUACCAUUUUUUGGUCGCAAUUUAGUUUUAUUGUUCAAUGUUUGAACUAAAGUUGUUCUAAUUUUUUU